AAAACUAAAUAUUAAAUGUAUAUUGUUACAACCUUACACAAAUGUAUAUAUAGAAUUAAUUAUGAAUACUUUGCAUGCGGUGACUUGUAAACUACUGUCCUGGAAUGUUCAAGCCAAUAAGACGCAUACCAGUAACAUGUGCUAGUAUAAGAUACACAAAUGCAUUGGUCAAACGUGUCUUGUCAUCGAAUAAACGUUAUCACCUGGAAAACGUUGCCAUGGUAAUUUUAAAGCUUAAUUUGCAGGUAGAUGUGAUACAGUGUUAAAAUGUACUGUUUCCCUGCUAUGAAAACAAGAAGAGAAUCCGUGUUUAUUAACACUCAGGUCGUAUCAAGAGUCAACGGCUAAAGUCUACUUCAGAUAACGUCAGUCCGCCAUUAUUGAUCCCAGCCAAAGUUACAGUCAAAAUGACAAAGGUUCUUGGUCACUGGAAACUCUUCAGCAGCGAUGACAAGUGGGAUGAGUACAUGAGGACUCUUGGAAUCAAUUUUGUUCUGCGGAAAGUCGGGAAUAGCAUCACAAGCUAUGAGGAGAUUAAACAAAAUGGCGAUGAUUGGGAACUAAACAUCACAUCCACGUUUAAAAACGCUCACCUCAAAUUUAAGCUAGGGGAAGAAUUCGAUGAAACGACAUUAGAUGGUCGUAAAUGCAAGUCAAGGUUCGUUGUUGAGGGGGAGGACCUGGUGCACUAUCAGAAGGGGAUAAAACCAGGGGAAGUGGACUCCAAGAUCACGCGGACUCGCGUGGACGACGAGACUAUGACCAUUACACUAGAAGCCAUCGACAAGAACCUAGUCACUGUUCGUACUUUUAAACGCUACACCCCAUAGUGGACUACUAAGUGACUCCUCAUUUGCAUAAUAUUUCACUUCGAGCGGAGAAAGUAUAAGCCAUGACGUCAUCAGGCAUAUGUUUGUCUUGCAGCAAACUUUCAUGUUCGUGGGAAAACAAUAAAGCACGUACUUUAAAGACAAAACCACAGGAUAUUUAAUUCAUAACAGGAUCAAAAAUAAAUCGAUUUAUUACCUGGGAUAAA